UGCAUCUCUCUGUCUGUACUUUUGUUGGUAAGUAUUGGUAGGUAUUCGACGGAGCAGAUACUUACUGUUUUCAACGAUCAUUAUUAUUUUUUAUAUUCAUUGAGCCUGCUGCCAAAGUUACUGCUGGCGUCUUGGAGAUUGGUAUAGCUCUAGGCCUAGAGAUGAUUUCGUGAGGUUCUUUCUUGGCUUGCCUUGAUAUACCUUUUUGUAAUUUUUGAAGGCUACUGACAGGCCCAACCCAGCUAGCCUAGCCUAGCCUGGCCCUGGGUUUAGGAGUAUAUAUAAAUGAUUUAAAAUUCAUUUCUAACCUCAUUUCUCUGAAGUCACCAAACAAAGAAAAAAUGCCGACACUAUCAGCAAGACAUUCCUCAUCAAGGCCAGCAAACCUACCUGUCAUUGAGCAUCCCUUAAGCCGACAGGCAAAGAAAAACACUCUAAAUAUCAUUGGAUCAGCAUCAGGUGAUGUUGUUAGUCCAAGACCAUUCUCUAGGCCGACAUCAGUUAGACCCAGACGUGAGCAGGGGAAUCUUUUGCCAUCUUUACGGCCUGAGAGUUGCCCACUGCUUAAACAUCAUCGCAUGCUGACAUGGCCUCCAGUUCAUGAAGUCAAGUCUGGACAACAGAAGGCUAGUAUACCCAAACAGACAGUGAUUGGCAAUUCCCUACAAAGCAGAUACAGUUCAGAUGAGAUUACAUUGGAUAUUGUUGCUAACAGUAUUAGAUUUAUAGACACAAGAUAUGGAUUAAAACUAUUGACAAGAAUAAUGAGAUCAAACAACAAAGCAAAUAGUACCCUUGCUCUCUUGUUAAAAGUAUUUGUUUUGGAUGCUAAUAAAACAAUAUCUUUUGAUGAAUUCAUGUCAGCAUUUCGUGAUUCUGAGGUUGUUCAACGGGAAUGGAUGAGUCCGUAUACACGUAAAGAAGUGUGCGCACAACGCAAACGAGCUCACACAGAAGAUCACUUGCGCGAUUACACACUUGGCAACCAUAUUAAGGAUGGUGACUAUGUCUCAGCAACAUAUGCUAAUGCCCUCCUGAAAGAUAAAUGCCAGCGGAGUGAUUUCAAUCUACGAGAUCAUUUAGCACCAUGCUGUUUUGGGAAGAAAGGGGUGAUUUUACCACCUCAACUCCAGGAAUGCCUUGCGAGCAUCGGUGCCCUGCUUGAUGACUAUGAAAUGAGAAAGCUAUGGCAAAGAUAUGAUCUCGAAAACACUGGUAAGCUGUGUUCAGCUCGGUUUUUUCACUUAUUGGGUCUGAAUUUAGAAGGACGGCCAAAGGUCAAAGUUAUACCAACAGUAUCAUCAUAUGGGAUAAUGGAUUCAGGCAUGUUACAGGAUCAAAUUAUGGAAGCAGAAAACAGCCGUAAUUUACAGAAGACACUAAGGAACAUAAGAAAUGAUCCAAAGAGGAAUGCUUUAUCCAGCAAUCAUCUGCAUCAUCACAGUGACAUUAUGUCAGUCAUUUUUAGCAAGGUUGAGGAAAACUUCCUGGCCAUUAUGGCAGCUUGUAAGGAUGUAGACUAUACUGGAGAUGGCAGCAUCACCAAAGAUGACUUCCAGAUGAUCCUCAGACAGCACAACAUUCCAAUGGCUCUUGUAGAAUUGGACAAGCUUCUUGAGAGAUGUAGAGCUGAAAGAUCACCUGGAUGUGUAAAUUACAAAGAUGUUCUCUAUAAGUUCAUGUCAAGGUCAGAUCAUGGUAUUGCUCACAAAAUGAUCUCAAAUCCAAAUCACAGGUUCAUUACAGGUACCAAAUAUCCGAGAGGCAACUUACCAGUUGAGGAGGCAGAAGCGAAAAUGGUUGAGGUCUUUCAUGGGUGUUUUCUCAAAUUAUUAGGUUUUUUCAGGCAAUUUGAUACAGCAGAUAUUCAGGUCAUUAGCCGGAAUCAGUUCCAAACAGCCCUUGAGCAGGUCCUUAAUAUAUCACUGACAGAGGAAGACCUUCAGAAAAUCUUAUUACAAUUCAGCCAGGAAGAAGAUGGUCUUGUGCCAUAUCCAGAAUUCCUUGGACUUUUCAACAAAAAAAGGAUACGACCUGUUUUAGCUCCUGGUUCUGCACAAUCAAGGUACAAGACCAAUCAUAAUCGAAGCCAAAUGGAAUCUCCACGUCAACUUGAGGAAUCACAGCCAAUAGAUGAGCCUAGCCAAGAAAAAACUCUUGUGUCAAAAAAUCAGGAGAAAAAAAUGGAAGCACGCUACAGAUCUGUUGCAGAGUUGAGUGACCUUGUUGAAGAGGCUAUUCGUACAAAGAGCCUCAUUGCUCAUGAAGCCUUCCAGCGGCUGGAUCCAAAGGCUACAGGAAGGAUGUCACGGACACAGAUGCAUUAUUGGCUACAGGAGCUUGGACUUCUUCUACAUCCUACAGAGCUGCAAAACCUGUGGACAUCACUGAACCUAGCCCGAGACGGCAUGGUCCAUUAUGCAGAAGUUUAUGAUUUCUUUAUGUCUAGGUACAAGCAAGAAGUUGUUCUUAAGAGUAUAGAGUCUGUACACUCUGCAAGUAAGGUAGAAAGUGAUUCCAAGAACCAAUUUAAACUUCAGCCCAAUAGCAUCUUGAAAAGAAUAGCACCAAAGGUGGUUAAUAACUGGAACUACAUCAAGAAGAGCUUACGAGAUCUAGACCCACAAGGCAUGGCAUCUAUACCAAUUUCAGAUUUCCAGAGUUUAGCCCGUUACCUAAAGUUUAAUUUAACAAAUGUUGAGCUUAAUGAGCUUAGUCUUCGAUUUGAUUUUAAUCACAAUGGACAGUUUCAUUAUUUACAAUUUCUGCAACUUUUCUUAGAACAGCCUGUCAUAAAAAAGCCCACCACAAAAUAUGAUCAGUACACACAUAGGCUGACUGCACAGGUUAAAGACGCCAACACAACGGUCGCAUCUGCCAUGUUGAAACUCAGGAAGAAGCUGCUUCAAAACUGGCAGAGUCUACGUAGGGCUUUUCGUAAAGCAGACAUCAAUAAUGACGGCUACCUCAGUGUCCUGGAAUUUAAGAAUAUUCUUAGCAGUAUGGGAAUCAACUUGCUGGAUGAAGAUUUCUACCACAUUCUCAGCGAGUUUGAUGAGAAUUUGGAUGGCAAGAUAUCAUACAAUGAGUUUAUAUACAAACUUAUUGAAUAAGGUCCCUGUUAAUUUUUUUUUGUUACAUGACAACAUUUGGCAAUAAAUUUGGCAAGUCAAUCACCAACAUUUUGGAAAUUUAGUAUGAAAACAAAGAUGAAGUUUAAUCCUAAUUUUGAUUAAGAUAAAUUUCAAGUUUUUACAUACAGAUCCUGUACAUAUCGUACAUAUCGUCGCUCACAUCACGAACUAACACAAUUAAAUUCAAUUGUGUUAGUUCGUGAAAUCAAAAAAGCGCGUCAAAAUACGCGCUGUUGUCGUUAAGGACUUUUUGUGUGGUAAAGAAUACAAAAUUGCUUGACAACCAAUACGCGCUCGUUUUGACGCGCUACAGUGAUUUCACGAACUAACACAAUCUACUUUGAUUGUGUUAGUUCGUGAUGUGAGCGAUGAUAUAGAGCCUUAACUUUAUAUACAUGCACAGGAUCUGUAUGUAAAUUUCAGGAUUCGUAACAUAGAGGCUAAGUUAAACAUAUCUUGGACUUUCAUUGAUGAUGCCAUGUUUUCUAAUUAAUUCAUGAUUGAUAAUUCAGAAGAGAUAAACAAAUGUCAGUGAGGUGAGUAUUUGGUAGAAUGUGUUUUUUGAAACAACAGUGCUUGGGGAAGACAACUUGCGUAUUAUUUGAAAUCAAGUUCACUGAAUCAUAUAAUUAGCAAAAGCAUAUAUAAACGUGCAAAAUGCACCCCCAAAUUCAAGAUAUAGAAAUUGGCAUUAAUGAAAUAUGUUGAUGAUAAGAUUCAUGGUGUGUACAUAAAAUUAAGUGCUUGUAUAAUCCAUUAAAUGGCACAAUGACUGAGUGAUUGUAAAUAUUAAAGUUAUUCAUACCUACAUGUAUCUUGGAUAACCAAGUACUAGAGCUUCCUCAAAUUUUUUUCACCAAGAAAAAAUUUAACAUUUCUGAAAUCUUUACUUUUUAUUAAGUUUGAAGAGAAACACCAUUCUCCCCAAGAUAAUCAUAAAGUAACAUAAUUCAAAUUCAACUUUAUUGCAAUCAGUCAUUUUGUGAUGGGAUGAAGCAGGCAAUGUUAGUCAUGUAUAUGUACAGUAUUCAAUUCAAGGGGUAUUGAAUAUCUCACUGUGAAUUUCAUUUGAGUUCUUGGACCAUGCAUUUUUCUUUCUACCCAUGUGUGUUCCUGGUGGACUCAAAUACUCCAAAAAAGUGCCGAGGGGAAUAAUGUGAAUUUCAAAUGGCAUUUCCAUUUCUCGGACCCUCACACAUGUUGAAAAUGUGUAAAGUGUUCAGGGACCAUUAUACUAUAGGUAGGCAGUGAUAGAUUUGUUCCAAUGUUUUUACAAUCCUGCCACUAAACAGUCAUAUGUUGUCAUAAUUUGUUUUGAGUCAUUUUGCAGCAAUUAAUUUUGUUAAGCAUUUGCAAAUGAAAGAUGAAUUCCCUUAUUUGUAUUUUACGAGAUGGACAAUAAAGUUAUCUAUCUAUAGAUCUAUGUGUCGGAUGGAGGGAAUCAAUUUUAUUUAAUUAUUUUGUAGAGCCAUUAUAUAAAAAUACCAGAUAUAAAUAUGUAUACUUCAAAUUAAAUUUAAUCUAAUGCGCUCCCUUAGGAAUUUUCACAUUUGAUAAUAUCUUUAUAAUUUAUGAUAUCGCUAAAUAUGGUUGAGAUGUUGAAAUAUUUAUCAUUAAAGUUAUCCAACAAUAAACCUGAUAUAAAUCAAUGUUCUACAUAUCCAUUUAUUAUCCUUGCAUCAAUUCCUCUCGAAUCGCGCAAUAUAUCAAAUUUAAAGAUAUUCUUAAUACUGCCACGUAAGUGUCAUGAAAUUGAUAAUUGAAAAAAAAAUGAAUUGCUUAUGUCGUAUAUUUGAAUAAAUUAUUAUCUUUGAAAAAAAAAAAUUGAACAGAACCAACUUUCCUCACUAAUUGACAUGACGUACAAAUAAUAGUUGUUAUAUUCUUUGCAUACACUCUUAAAAUUUUGCUGGAUUUGAUAAUUUUUGUAAUAAAUGAUGUGUGACAUAUGAAACGUGAGCAAGUUAUACAUUUUAAAAGUUUUUUGCUCUAUUUACAUUUAGAUGACAGUUUAUUUUUAAGUUAACUGUACAGCAACAUUUUUUUUUGGUGUGAUGUUGGUAUGUGUCAAAUUUAAACAGAAGACCAGUAGUUAAAGCACUGCUGUCUUCAGCUGAUCUGUUAAAUCCUCGGUAUUCUGGCAUUCCAAUAUUUUGGAAUGUUACUCAUCUCCAAAUCUAUAAGGAUAUCAGCUGUAAAAUAAGAUUAAUGCUGAAAUGCCUGUCAGCCGCUUGUGCUUUCAUAAAUGUGAGCUACAACAUUCAGUACAUGUAGAAGCAACUAAUGGACCAAUUUAGAGUAUCUGAAUGAGAUUUUUAAAUUUCAAUCAAUAUCAUUUUGGACAAGGAAGCAAUAAUACAUGGACAACAAUAAUAGUUCCUAAACCUUGAGAAUAAAUUCUUCAAUUAUAUAGUGCAUAUAUUAAUGAUGUGUCUAUAUAUGGUAAUGCUGUGAUGUCAUCAUGACUAUAUUUAGGCAUGUCACAUGUUUUUGUCAUAUACAAUUUGAUAGUUUGGACAGCGCUUAAAUGACUGCAAACUCUUUUCUUGUGACUACCCCCUCUUACUCCCCCCCCCCUCCACACAAAAAAGUACAAAGUGAUGACCUUUUGGGAUCAUCAUUUUCACAUUUUCAUGCUGUUAAACCCUUCUGCUACCAUUUUAUUUUUACUCAUGAAAGUGGUGCAAAAUAUGUAUGACCCUUUAAAUAUAAUGAUUGUAUUAUUUUUAAACUUUAUUUUGAAAGGAUAUUAUCCUGCUGAAUAUAAAGACAAUCUUUAAGUUGUUUUGGUGUCCUGUCUAAUGUAAAUAUGUGGGGGUGUGUAUUUGUGUGAUAAUGUAUAAAGUAUAUUCAACCUGUAAAAGUCUUGAAAAUUUAUUUUGUAAUGGGAUAUCUUAUUAUAUAUUUUAAAACCUCUCAAAAUGAAAUUUAAGAACAUUGAAAAUCAUAGAAUGUGCUUUUUUGUUGAAACAAUGUUUUUGAAUUCUCAGAGGAAACCAGUUUCAGGAACCUCUAUUUCACAGAUAAAAUGUGUUGCUUAUAAACCUGACAGGCAUUGCAUCUUCUUUAAUAAGAAUAAUAUGAUUUUAUAGCAUUGUCUAGAGAAUUUAUUUUAAGUUUAAUUGAAGUUUGGUUUUCCAAGGGAAUUCACUAUUCAUGUAUGUGUCAAUCUUUGAAUAUUUGCCAAAACUGCGGCAUUGUACAUGAUUGUAUGAUCUUGCAUUUAUGAUGUAGCUGGGGGUGGAUGCUGACAUAUUAAUAUUGGGAUGUAUAUACUGUAUAUAAUAUGUAUAUCCAACAAAAUGCUGUAUGUUUGAUGUGCAAUUGUUGAACUACUGUAGAAUUAUGGCAUCAUUCUUAAUAUUUACAUUCCAAAAAAAUUUAGAAUUUUAGCUUUAAUAAAAUUGGCCACAUUCUUUA